AUGUCCAUCGAUGUCGAGCCCCUCGAGCUCAACUUUCGACGCCCCUUUACUGUCGAGGUGUCGCAGACCCUCACCAUCAGAAAUACCAGCUCCGACCCCUUGGCUUUCAAGGUGAAAACCACUGCUCCUAGACAAUACUGCGUCCGACCCAAUGCUGGCCGUAUCGAGCCCGGCCAGGCGUUUGAUGUCUCUGUCCUCCUCCAGGCCAUGAAGGCCGAUCCUGAGCCCGACACGAAAUGCCGCGACAAGUUUCUCGUUCAAUCUGCUCCUAUUACUGGAGACAAGGAAUUCACUAGCAUUGCCGAGGUGCUUGACAACACGGAUAAGUCCCUGAAGCAGGAGAGAAAAAUUCGCGUAAACUGGCUUCCAGCUCAUGGCGAAGCUGAUGCGAAUACUGUCGUCAUGACACCUAACAAGAAGCUUGUCAACGGUCAUGCCGAUACCCCAGACGUUUCGCACAACUUUUCCUCGCCCAAUACCAAUGCUCCUCCGCCAUACGACGACGACACUCCCGCCGCCGAUGUCGACGAAAAGGCCCCGAUAGACACUCCCGCCGCUCUGGCCAGCCGUGCUAUCCCUGCCAUCAAGGAGGCCGGCAACGAGACGCUCGAGACGGUUAAAGCUAAGCUGGCCGCCGCGCAAGCAGAGAUUGUUAGGCUCACGGAUAACAGCGGCCUCCGCCAGCGCAACGUCAAGGCCGGCGAGGCCGAAAAGAUUCCCGCUGGCGAGCUGGCCCAGACAGUCAAGCAAAAUGCCGACGGUGUCUCGGUGCAAGUCGUGGCCAUUCUGUGUCUCAUGAGCUUUCUUCUGGCAUACUUUUUCUUUUAA